CCACCACCGGCUUUUCUACCUGUUCCGACCCCGAGGGCUUUUCUCUUCGAGUUCCAUCUCUUUUCUUUUCUUUUCCUUCUUUCUGUUGGGACUGGCUUCCUCAGUUCCGUUCUCUCCUUAAAGCCACUCCUUUUGUUUUCUUGCAACCAACCAUGCAUCUCCAAGGCCUCUUCACCUUCCUGGCCCUCGGGUCGCUCUGGGCCCCCGGCCUGGCCCUGCCCCAGCCCCAGGCUUCCAAGGCCCGGGCCCGGGCCCCGACCCCGAAAGCCACCCAGGCCCCCAACCAGGCGCCGCCCUCCAAGAACCCGUCCAACCAGCCGCCCCUCAACGCCACCGCCGCCUGCACGUCGGAGCCCCUCACGCAGGACACCUGGACUAAGCUGAAGCUCAACGAUGCCCUGACCGCGGCGGCGGCCAAGGUCAAGGGCACCUCCAACACGGUACAGGAGCUGGCCGGCACCUUUGGUGCGCCCAACUUUUUUUGUGGCCUCGACAGCUUCUGCAACGCCGGCCAGCCGUGCACGCCCGUGGAGCUGCCGUCGUGGUACAUCCUGGUGGCGACGCAGAACUGGAACAGCUACAUGAACUCGCUCAACACGGCCAUCACCUUCGCCGCCAGCAUCCUAAGCCUGCAGCUGCCCGCCAUCUCGAACGACUUCAUCACCCAGCCGCGCGACGACGUGACGCCGCUCAACAACAUCCUCAGCAUGUUUGCCACCAUCCUGGGCGCCAUCCCCAUCACGGGCGACAUCAAGGCCGUCGUCUCGGGCGGCUCGCAGGCCAUCAAGUUCAUCUCUGGCCUCACCAAGCCGCCCGCGCAGCCCGACAAGUUCCUUAGCUGGAGCGGCAUCGCCGCCUCGCUGGGCGACGUCGUCAAGACCUACCAGGCCUCCGUCUCCGCCGGGCUCUCGGCCACCCUCAACGCCCCCAUCGCCGACAAGGCCGCGGGGCUCGCCACGGUCCUGGCCGGCGGCGAGUUCCUGGGCGUGCGCCAGAACGUGACCGAGGGGGACGUGUCGGGCCGCGUGCUCGACGCCCUGACCGUCUACGCCGUCGGCCUGGCCCUGACGUCGCAGAGGGUCUUCCUCAGCCGCGUCAAGGGGCUCGACGAGUGCGAGGUCCGCCAGGACGAGGCCGUCGAGAUGUGCACGGGGCCCGACGCCGACGGCCGCUUCACGCAGAACCUGCUCCUGCGCGCCGACGGCGAGAAGGCCUUUGCCGCCACCGACAUCGCCAAGAAGAUGGCGAGCAAGUACGGCAUCCAGAAGGAGCAGUACAUGCUCGGCGUCGCAAAGUGCUUCGACGAAAACGGCAGCAAGCAGCUCUUCAACCCCUUCGCCGACCAGGCCAUCCCCAUCGACAGGAACACGCCAUGCCUGUUCAACUUGCCCGUUUGCGACUCGUUCCCUGGUCGAAGGGGCGGGAUCGUGGAGGACUGCCGCAAGAAAGGCCUUAACCUUUAGGUCUUUCUGGCUUCUUUUUUUUUCUUUUUCUCUUACUUACUUCUUACUGUACUGUUUACGUCUCUACUCCCAUAAUCCACCUCUUCAGAUACCCAAAAAUCUUGAUUGCUGUAAACUCUCAUCUCCUUCUCAAUGCGAACAGCCC